UACUACCUCACCUGAGAUACCUUACCUUAUUCAUCUCCCUCUCCACUGCACCGCCCGUAUCCACAAGCUUCCUACACCACACGUCCAUCAUCUCCACGAUGGCGUCUGAAUCCUUCUCCCUCGCCUCGCGCAUCGCCCUCAACAAUGGCCGAUCAAUGCCUCGAAUCCACCUAGGGGUCUACCUAAUGAAUGGUAAAGAGGCCUCUGAGGCAGUAAAAUACGCCCUCGAUGCAGGCUACCGCGCAGUCGACUCUGCUCAAAUGUACCACAACGAAAAAGAGGUGGGCUCAGCCAUUCAGAGUUGGCUAAAACAGCAUCCAGAAGUGAAGAGAGAAGACAUCCAUUACACGACCAAGUUGGCGAGUAACAGCGACUAUGAUCGCGCGAGGAAGAGUAUCACGAAAUCUGUAAAAGAGUGCGGAUUGGGGUAUAUCGAUCUCUUUUUGCUGCAUAGUCCCUACGGCGGCAAGAGGGAUCGAUUGGAAAGUUGGAGGGCUGUAGAGGAUGCUAUCGACGCUGGGGAAGUGAGGAUUGGAGGUGUUUCGAAUUAUGGAGAGAAACACAUUAUGGAACUGCUCGCCUACUCCCCACGCAUCCUCCCCUCUGUCAACCAAAUCGAAGUUCACCCGUUCAAUACUCGCACAGCUCUCACCCAAUUUUGUCAGAAACAUGACAUUGUAGUAGAAGCUUAUGCCCCUCUUGCUCGAGCUUUACGCAUGAAACAUCCCGCAAUCGUGGAGUUGGCGAAGAAAUAUGGUUGCACGAGUGGACAACUACUGGUGAGAUGGAGUUUACAACAUGGCUAUGUGCCGUUGCCGAAGAGCGUGAAUCAGAGCCGUAUAGAGGAGAAUGCACAAGUCGGAGGGUUUGAGAUUAGCGGGCAAGAUAUGGAGAGGAUGGAUGGGUUGGAUGAGUAUCUGGUCACGGAUUGGGAUCCGACUGAUACGGACUAGACGAUUCUAGCACAGGAUGCACAGGAUGACGCUGUGAACGGCACUGCUUGGACU